AUGGGUGUUGUUCGCGCAGUCUUUCUGUCGGCAUUGCUCGCCACGGUGUCUGUUAGUCAAGCUAUAUCGGACAAUGGCGGCACCAAUUUCACGUUGGCCGGAGACAAUGUGUCGUACCUUUUCCACGUCGACACAGAGUCUGGUGAACUCAUCUCAGAUCAUUUUGGAGCGCCGGUAGAUGACUUCACGCCAGCAGCCUUUGUGCUGGGAUGGGGUUGGCACGACAACUUGGCAAAUUUCCGGAGAGAGUUCCCCGAUGUCGGCCGAAGUGAUCCACGGCUUCCUGCAAUCCACAUCGAGCACCCUGACGGGGACACCGUAACCGCUCUGCUCUAUCAAUCACACAAGGUAACCCAAGGUAAACCAGAGCUACCGGGUUUGCCUGCCACGUACGGUAAUAAUAGCGACGUCUCGACACUUCAGGUACACCUGUAUGACAACGUAUCGGAUGUUUCCGCCGUGCUUUCCUACUCGAUAUUUCCCAAAUACAAUGCUAUUGCGAGAAGUUUCAGCGUUACCAAUAAUGGGACCGGGAAUAUCUCAAUUGAAAGAGCAGCCAGCUUCAGCACCGACUUCCCCAACUUGGAUUUGGACAUGAUCGAGGUCCAAGGUGACUGGUCGCACGAGUUCAACAGAGUAAAGAGAAAGAUCGAUUACGGCGAGACUACGUUCCGAAGCACUGAAGGCUUUAGCUCACAUCUCCACAACCCCUUCUUUGCGCUAGUAUCUCCUACUACAACCGAGACUUCCGGUGAGGCAUGGGGCUUCAACCUGGUAUGGAGCGGAAGCUUCGAAGCAACCGCCGAGAGGUUCUCGAAUGGCUUUGUGCGCGUUCUGUUUGGGCUAAACUCUCUGCAUUCGAGCAUCAAGGUGAAGCCUGGAGAGUCUUUCCAGUCUCCGGAAGCAGUGGCCGUGUAUUCUGCAGAUGGCGUGAACGGCAUGUCCCGGUCUUUCCACGACUUGUAUAAGAGCCACCUGUCGCGAGCGAAGCAAACUCACAUGACACGGCCCAUCCUGCUUAACUCGUGGGAAGGUCUUGGCUUCGACAUCAACCAGACUUCACUAGUCAGGUUGGCGGGAGAAUCGGAGAAGCUGGGUGUCCAACUCUUUGUGAACGACGAUGGCUGGUUCGGCGUCCAAUACCCACGCCAAAACGACUCAUUGGGACUCGGAGACUGGACUCCAAACCCAGAGUAUUUCCCCAACGGCCUCGGCCCCUACGUGGCGCAAGUCAACAACUUCACCGUUCUGAACUCCACGGAACCUCUUCAAUUCGGUAUCUGGGUCGAACCAGAAAUGGUCGACCUUAAUUCGACGCUCUACAACGAGCAUCCAGAUUGGGUUCUGCACGCAGGCAAGCAUGCGAGGACUCUCACUAGGAACCAGAUGGUGCUCAAUGUAGGCCUGCCAGAAGUCCAAGACUUUAUCAUCAACACAGUCUCGGGCAUCUUAGAUUCAGCCAACAUUCAGUAUGUCAAAUGGGACAAUAACCGCGGGAUGCACGAGCUGUCUCACCCAUCAGACUCAUAUAAUUACAUGCUCGGCCUUUACCGCGUCAUCGAUAACUUGACAACGCGUUAUCCUGAUGUCCUAUGGGAAGGUUGCGCCUCUGGUGGCGGACGCUUCGACGCUGGACUGCUUCACUACUGGCCGCAGCAUUGGACUUCUGAUAAUACCGACGCAUCGGAUCGACUCACGAUCCAGCUCGGCACAUCCCUAAUUUAUCCGCCUUCUGCAAUGGGCUGCCACAUCUCAAAAGCACCCAAUGGCUUCAACCAGCGCAACAUCUCCAUCGAGUUCCGCGGCCAUGUAGCCAUGCAAUGCGGCUCCUUCGGGCUCGAACUCAACCCCGAGGAGCUCACCGAGCACGAAGCCGCCGCCCUCCCAUCCAUCAUGGCGGACGCGAAGAAGGUCAAUCCGAUCGUCAUCUCCGGCACGUUCUACCGCCUUGCGCUUCCCGACACCACGCCUUGGCCUGCGACGCAGUUCGUAUCCGAGGACGGGAGCGAGAGUAUCGUGUUUGCUUUCCAGCAGAAGUACACUGUGAAGCCUGCUGCGCCGGCGGUCAAGUUGCAAGGCUUGGACCCGAAAGCGAGGUACUUCAAUGACCUCGAUAAUGGGACGUAUACUGGGGCGACGUAUAUGAACGGUGGCAUCAAUAUUCAGUGGGAUAGGGCGGAUUAUCUGAGCAAGUUGAUUUGGCUGAAGAAGCAGUAG